AUGUUUUUCCCAACACCAGACCCCAACAACCCCCCAUGUAUGCGCUUCUACACCUUCAUGUCUGGACGCGGUGUGGGUACCCUGCGUGUGAUCCUACAAGACGUGGUCUCCAGGAGAGAGCGAGUGCUAUGGGGCCUCGCAGGGAACCAAGGUUCUCAGUGGAUCAUGGCUCAGCUUCCUCUCUCCUCCAACACACCCUUCAAGGUUGUAUUUGAAGCCAGUAUCGGAAAGCCGCGUCUGGGAGACAUUGCCAUAGACGACAUCACCAUAAUCUCGGGGCCUUGUGCUACACUACCAGCGGUGGCAUCUCCUCCCACUUCGGGUGACUGCACUUUUGAGGAGGACUCCUGCGGCUGGAUCAACCCAAAGAUCAGGCAGCGACUCGAUGAUCUUGAUUUCUUGAGAGUGAAAGCAUCUGAGUUUGUUUUUCCCACCACUGACCACUCCACAGGCAGCCAGCAAGGUUUCUACAUGGCCUUGGAAAGCCCAGACAGGAAAUAUGAGGGUGAUCGUGCUUGGCUGCUCUCUCCGGUCAUGAAAGGUCAACGACAGAUUAAAUGCUUGUCGUUUUGGUACUUGCUGUUUGAACCAUUGACCGAGGCUGAGCCCAAUCUUGGUUCACUGAGUGCCUUCUUGUUGCGUGAAGAUGACCAGAGUUCCAUUGUCCUCACACCCAUCUGGGCAUUGCAAAACUUCCAGGGGCUCACUUGGUACUUCGGACAGGCUCCUCUUAGAGCUGAUGGAGACUUCAAGGUUGUGUUUGAAGGCGUGUGGGGCGCUGCUAACAGCUCUGGCACCAUUGCUAUUGAUGAUGUUAGCAUCUUUGAAGGCAACUGUCCCACAAUCCCAGACGCAGCUGUGGUUCGAGCUGGCGACUGCACUUUUACGCGAGGCUCCUGUGGAUGGAGGAACCUUACAUCAGACCCAGACUUUAACUGGAGCAAUGCCUCGCCCAUUCGUCGUCCUAUCAACAUGAGAGACCAUACAUAUGGUUCUCCAGUUGGAUAUAUCUACUUUGAUGUCUUCAAUCUCAACUCACGGUCUCAACGUCUGCAACUUGUGUCACCUGUGAUGGAGCCAGCAGCUGAUCGCUCUCCCUUCUGCUUCACCUUCUGGUUUGCAGGCUUUGGUGCGGACAACAACACUACACUCAAACUCUUCCAGCGACCCGCUCAGGAGGACAACAACCAGCUCAUAAAUGACCUCACAGAUGAUAUUUUGAUAUGGAGCUACAAGCUACAACGGACCAUUGAUUGGCAGUUUGCUCAAGUUGCCCUCGUGUCUGGGACUCGGUUUCAGAUAGUCAUAGAGGGUAGUUCUUACAAUGGUGGUUACACAAUGGAUGACUUCAAAGUGUACAGUGGAGCGUGUGCCAGAAGGCCAAGGGAUGCAGCAGCUAUUGCACGAACAUAAAAAGUAUUAACUAAUAGUGAUUCUAAAUCAAACCGAACUCUUAGCUUUUAUAGCAUAAACAACCAAAAUCAGAACAAGUACUGUGUACAAGUCAUUAGCAUUUCCAUAUAUAUUCUUCAGUUUAUUGUACUUGUACUGUGAUAAGUGCACAAUAUGCCUAUAAUAAAGUAUUUCAAGACUCAACAGUUUAAAACAUGACACAGUACAUAGCAACAAAAUUAUUUUAAACCUAUGGUGAAUCAUAAAUCCAUGUGUGUCAUUAAUGAAAGAUUUAACCAUUGGGGACAACUAUAGAAUGAUGUAAGAAUUAAUAAUUGAAAUAACUCAUGAGACCAAGGUAUGAUCCUAAGAGGUGCUGUGCCUGACAUGGUAUUAUUGAGGUGAUAUGUAUGCACAAUGUGUAUGGAAGGGAAACUGAGUGUAUACAACCUUUCAUAUGCUUCGCUAAAUUUAUUCUUUGAUAUGGACUGUUGCUAGUACUGUAGUAAUAAAUAACAAACCCAAUAAGAGUAUGAAAUUACCAUUAGUAACAUGGUGGAGAAUUAUACCUCAAGAACUUUCUUGCUUAAAAUUAUCUCAAGGAUAUGUUGUGUAAAAGUUACAAUGUAGGUGAAUAAGAUGGCUGCAGUGACAUUACUAAAACUUAAAUAUUUGUACAGGUUUCUAGUAGAUAGCAAAAAGACUUGACUCAGUUCAGUAUAAGGUGCAAGUAAUGUCAAAAAUUUGCCUUUCAAGUGAAUUAUUAUUAUAUUUAGGAGGAAGUCCUAAGCCCAUACAAGUUUUACAAUGCCUGGGGAAAAUGGAAGCCAAUCUCAUUCGAUCCAUGAGGGCAAGUACAAUACCCUGGAUCAAGAGUCCCUCACUGGCAUCAAGGAACCUCCUUUGAGGGGUGCUGGAUGUAUAAUGCAAUUAUAUCUUAAUAAGUAAAAUUGACUGUGUAAUUAUACUAUUUGUCAAUGAUAUGACUGAAGUGUACUAGUUUUCCAAACAUGUCUUAUGAACAUUUUUGUAUAUAUUUAAUAAAAUGUUAUGCAUACAUUAGUUAUUUAAUAUAAAGUAUUAGUAUAUAUUGCAAUACAUAUGUUGUAGUUAAUACUUAGCAUUAAUGUUGUCUAAGUGACCUAUGUAUGGUACAAUUUAGCACAUUAUUCUGUAAUGGAACUCCUAAUAGACUAUUACUGAUACAAAGUAUGUACAGGUGGCCCCCCACAUUCAUGAGUUCCACUUUUGCGAGCUUUGAACAUUCGCGAAUCACCAUCACUGACUGCCUCUCAAUAGUGCAUAAGUGUCAAGGAUUUGCACUCAGACAGUGAAGGGUUGUUGGAGGGCUUUGUGGCCCCUCUCUCUCUCUGUGUGUGUGUGUGUGUGUGUGUGUGUGUGUGUGUGUGUGUGUGUGUGUGUGUGUGUGUGUGUGUUUUUAUUGGAUUUGGUCCCCAGGACAAGGUUAACAGAGCCGUGAGGAAGACUGGAGUUAGCAAACUAGUUGGUGGUGAAGGGUUCAAGGACAUGCAGGAGGGUGAGGUGAGAGAACUGGUUGAAGAACAUGCACUGGGCUUAAAUGAUGAAGAGUUGUUGGAGAUUGUGCAGGCAGAGAAUGAGGAUGAAGAAGAGGAGAGUGUUGCUGAGGCCAAUCAACCUAAAGCCCUGACCCUUGAAAAACUAGGGCAAGCGGUGAGAAUGACAGCACAGCUCAUGUAUAUACAAUACAUGUAUGUAUUUUAUGAUGUUGUCAUGUGUUUUAUGAUUGCUCAUGGUUCAAAAGGUUAAGGAAGCAGUAUUGUUAGGCUAAGUAAAUGCUAUUAUUAUAGUAUUUCCCUACAAUAUACGUAUAUGUAUUUGUGCACCAAACAUUUGCGAAUUUUCAACAUUGGUGAGGUUCUUGAUCCUCUAACCCUCACUAAUUGGGAGGGCCACCUGUACUGAAAUGGUUGAUACAGUUGAUCAUUAUGUUUGCUUUUCCACUGGCUCUGCAUUUUCUUCCAGCUGUUAUGACUUGUGGUAAAAAUGUUUGGUUAAUUUCUCAGCUUAUAAAUAGCCAUUACAGAACAGUGCGAUAUAAACUUUAAUUACCUUCAAAUGCAAUGUGUAUGGGUCAUUCAUUAAACUAUAAUAAUCUGCAUUAAUUAAAGAUGAA